ACUUCCUUCCUUUACCCUGUAAUUACAUUAUAAAAUUUGAAACUUUUGAUAAUUGCAACUAAUGCUGUGUACAAAAAUUUUCUCUUUCAUAAUUAAUCGUUUUUGUGCAGAAUGAAAGAACGCUUGUGUAGACACGUGCGCAAUGGGAAACGCCACGUACAUUUAAACACGAUGAUAUACGUGGUAUUCUAUAGAUCUGAUUUAAGAUUAAUUAAAUGAUUAGUUAGUCAAUAUUUUAUAGGAAAUAUCAAGCACGCCGCGUCGGCUGUGCUUUGCCACGCUUUGCCGUUACUAUCUCUUUGCAAAUCAAUUACAGCUAAUGAUCUUUCUCUGGCGCUACUGUCUAAUUAAUUUAAUCGCACGAUCGAUUUAAAAUUCUAAUAAUACCAUAAACGUGGAUAAGUUAUGAACGCCGCAGGUGAAUUAUAAAGAGAAUUUAUAAUAUUGUAUGAAAUUUUCGUAGGGAUCAUUUCCUUUUUGCACUAGUCAUAUUUCGUAAAAAAUAGAGAGUGUUUCGACGAAAUGGCAGCCAGAAUAGUCCUGCUUUUACCUUUAGUGAAAACACGAUUUGCAUAUUCAACUGGAAACAGUAAUCCAGUGGGCGAAAGUGACGACCGGGCCAAACUCGUUCGACUUUCCAAAUAAAUUUCGUCGACGUUCUUCACGCGUCGGCGUAACAAUCGCUAUUUUACAAUGUUUCGCCUAAUCUUGCUGUAACAAUUAUAAUUCGAUUCAAUUCAACUUUUAUUUUACAAUUGUCUUUUUCUUUCGCUUGCAAAUCACGACACGUUUACAAUCGCUAGACUAUAUUUGUUAAAAAAAAAUGCAUUGCAUCGCGUAUGUGUGCGUUAAUUAUUUGUUGCAACGCAAGAUUAGAGGCAUUAAUUCGCUUAUUUCGUUCCUUUACAAAUUUCGAUUACGCGGUUGCCUUUUACGCAUCAUCGUUCACCUAUCAACGUGCAUGUAUCUCGCUACUUAAUCCAGGACACGCGGAGCACUUUCUAUGGACGGAUGACUCAACUGAAUAAGAGUUCGUUAUUCUCUUUUCGUUCAAACAGCCCGAUCUCACCACAUUGUAAGCGAGGGAAAAGGCAGUGAUCUUGAUUAAUUUGCUCGCCGUCGCCGCGUUACAUCAUCAAGAUCGUUUUCGCGAUUAAUCAUGCAGCUGCACCGGCAUCAAUAACCAAAAAGGCGGCAGGUUGGACCGGCGCGUAACGUAAUCUGGAAACGGCGAGUCACGUAAUCAGGAAGCGGAACUGUUCGACAUGAUUACGACAGGGGGAGUGUCCUUAUUUCGCACAAUUUCGAUUGCCUCGUGAUACGUCCUUGGAACUUGCGAAAGCCGCUCAAUGAUACGAUCAUGAUCGCCGUGACGAGGAAACGCUAUCCUACGCUACGUCGAGUUGACAGUCGCCGAAAUUGACACGUCGUAGCCUUCCGUGAGGUGGAACGCGCGAAGAACGAAGUUGAGACUCUGGAUUAUCUUGGGAGCCAGCGCUCGAAAUGGCGUUGGUGAACUUUAGUUUGCCCUAUCAGUCGGCGACGAUGGCACCGUUUCUCUACACGGGACCGGCUGGAGGGCACACGGCGGCCAACAAUCUUCGUUUGAACGCCGUGUUACCGUCGGGAUCCGUGCCGACGUCUUACAACGAGCAGGAGGCUUUUCGCAAUGAGCCCUACGCGCCGCCGAUCAAGUAUCAUCAGCAUCAGCAACGACGUCAGUCUGUUCAGCAGAGGAGCCGGGAGGUCUACGCGGAGCACACGUCCUUCUCGUCGACGCAGGACACUCGUUACACCGUGUAUAAUCAAGACUUUCGAAGAACGCAGCCGAGGCAGCAGCAACAGCAGCAGCAGCAACAGAUGAGGCCGCCUCCGCCGGCUUCGUCGUUUCAGCAACGGACGCAAUCGCCGGAAUCGGACAAAUCUCAGACGGAGGAACAGGAAAGUUUUCCGGAAAGACCUAAUAGUUACACAAGGGUCAAUGGUGGAAGUUCUAUCGGUCCGGGUACCAAGACUUCGGUCCACGCUGUGUUGGACUAUGACGAUGAUUUUGACGACUAUUACGACGAUGACGAUCAAGAGAUACCGGCGAAUGCACAGGUCACACCUAUUCAGGGUCCAAUUUUUCUAAAAAAUGGUUCCGUUCCUGUAGUACCGUUGUACUCGUAUCCUCAAUUAAAUAAUGGGACAUUUGUGCAGAUACCGAUACUCUGGACUGCGCUUUCGGUAGCAUUAGGUGUCGAGCUGAGGGGAGAUUUGGUACGAGGUGCGCCAUGUAUCAAAAGAUAUCAUCAAUUGUUCUGUCCAACCGCUGGAAAUACAUAUCCGAUAGAACGAAUAGAGCGUUUUAUCGAUGAAAAUAAAGCAUUGAUGAAGAGGAUGUACGGUGACUUUGAGAUGAAUCCGGGAUACGGAUCGAGUGAACAUCGCACUAGAACACGAAGAAAAAGCAGAGAAGCGCGAAAACACGAUAUUCCGGAUGGCGGACCCAGAGAUGGAAACGAUGAAUUGCGUUUGGACAGCGAGAUCGACGAGGAAUAUUUCAAAAAUAGAAAUACCAGACAGUCGUUUGGAAAAAAUCGCAGCUCAGAGAGCGGCAGAAUUGACGCGUGCGAGUCAAAAGUUGAAAUUGUGACUCCAUAUUGGGCAAGUAACAGCGCCGGAAAGAUUCGUGCUAUUGUGAAUACUCAACACUUCGAGCAAGCUAUACAUCAAGAAGUAUGCUCAAAAACGCAAACAAAUCGAUGCAGCGGAGACUGCGGAUGCGAGCAGAAGUACAAGUGGCACAGGUUGCUGGCAUACGAUCCGGAUAACGAUUGCAAAGGUAUCUUUAUGGAUUGGUUUUUGUUUCCCUCUUGUUGCGUUUGCAGAUGUGAUCCAAUUCACGGUAAUAAAUUCCCUCCGUCGAGUGGUCGAAAUGAGGGCUAAUAUUUUGUUUCGAAGGCUUCAAUAUUCGAAUCCGAAACUUCGGUAUUAAAAUAUUCAAGAAUCGAAGUUUCGAAGCUGUUAAGAAAUUAAUAGCUCUACUCGAAAUUGACAUAGUAUCGAAAUUGACGUAUCUACGCAUGAAAAAAACGUGCCAUGUAAACUGUGACGAUUCAUUUCUUUUCAGCAUUCUGAAAAAUUGUCGUAGCGACAAUUAAUGGCUUGUGAUAAAAGUUGUGUGUUAAGUAGAUGUGAUUUAUCGGCCGAUUAUUGUUUCAAUUUGAAAAAUCUUUAGAAAAAUUUGAUUAGUAUUUAAAAAUUCAAAAACUUUUUCUAUUCGAUUUCUCAAACGACAAGAUUGCCAGAUAAAUCACACCGUGUGUGUGCCUAUUUAAUAAAGAAAAAUUUAUGUGUCGGAUGACAAAGUGAAAUCAGAAACAGUUUCACAUAAUGCGUAGCGUAGAGCCAUUUUCGUGAUUCAGAUUUUAUUUAUAAGUAGAAAAUAAAUGUUACUGUUUAUAGAUCUUUUAAUAUCGACUAGAAUUAUAACAAAAUGUCAUUAGAUAGAGUUUAUUCCAUAAAUAAACAACAGGGCGCACAAAGCGUACCCACAUUCUUAUUUUACUCCGUGAAUAUAUGUACAUAAGAGUUUUUUUUCAAUUGAUCGAUUUAUUUAAUUAAUACGUGAAUAUGCGAACGAACUAAAAUAAGUUCUAAGAUUAGAUUCUCAGGACUUAUCACGCCAUAGUAUAACUUUCUUAAAAUAAUCACUUAAUUUUUACAAAUUACGCAACGUAAUGAUUACACUUUAAUUAAGACAAAUACAAUCUUUUGCAUGAUCGGAAAGAAUACAUGCAAACUUUAUGAAUCUAAGAAUAAGAAUCGAAUGAAAGAAGAGAUAUUAUCAUACAUGGGAAGUUGUUAAUGUUGGCGUGGCCAAUCCAUUGAAAAUAUAUAUUUAUCUAUUAUUCUAAUUGCUGGACGGAUAUCUGAUAAGUUUUUGUCUACUUUAACUGCUCGCUGUUAUACUUAAAAUACUUUUAUAAUAAAAAGAGACGAAUGCAUAUAAGACAUUGCGGGACGAAGUAGUCGUAUACGUUCUCAAGACGAGAUCAAAAUAACCAACCAACAUGAAACAAGGUCGACUCAAUAAAGAUGACACAUAAUGA